GGCUCCCAAAUCGUGUUAAUGUAUCAUGUCCUGCUGUAGUUAGUAUGUUAAAAUAGUGCACGUGAGUUGAACUUUGGUUUAUUGGCUUAUUGGGUAAAAGUUCAGGGUUUAUUCUGACAGCACGUUUGGACAGUAGGAUCAGGACAUGGCUGAAGAGGUGGAUGUUGUAGUAGUGGGCUCCUGUAUGACUGAUCUGGUCAGCCAGACCCCCCGACUGCCCAAAGCCGGAGAGACAAUACAUGGACACAAGUUCUUUAUCGGCUUCGGAGGCAAAGGAGCUAACCAGUGUGUCCAAGCUGCUCACCUCGGAGCCAAGACCGCAAUGGUGUGCAAGGUCGGAAAAGAUUUUUUCGGGAGCAGCUAUAUUCAGAAUUUCAAAGACAACUCCAUAUGCACAGCUUUUGUGACUCAGACGGCCGAAGCCAUGACCGGAGCUGCCUCCAUCAUCGUAAACGAUGCAGGUGAGAACGCCAUAGUGAUUGUAGCAGGUGCCAACAUGCUGCUGGGGGAAGAGGAGCUGGAGCAGGCACGCUCUGUCCUCACUAAAGCCAAAGUGCUGCUCUGCCAGCUGGAGGUCAACUCGCACAUCUCACUCCAGGCCCUGCGAAUGGCCCGACAAUACAAUGUGAAGACCAUCUUUAACCCUGCCCCUGCUAUUCCAGACCUCCAUCCUGACUUCUACAAGGAAUCAGAUGUUUUCUGCUGCAAUGAAUCUGAGGCUGAGCUGCUAACUGGGGCUCGUGUAGCGUCAGCUGAUGACGCAGGAAGUGCAGGUCUAGAGCUGCUAAACCGAGGCUGUGCUGCAGUCAUCAUCACUUUGGGUUCACAAGGCUGCGUGGUGUUGCAGACCUCAAACCCCAAUCCCAAACACAUCCCUACAGCUAAAGUCACCCCAGUGGACACUACGGGUGCUGGAGACAGCUUCUUGGGUGCACUGGCCUUCUACAUGGCCCACUAUCCGUCUCUACCUCUGGAGGAGAUGAGCAGGAGGGCAAACCUGGUAGCUGCAGUGUCUGUGCAGAGCGUCGGCACUCAAACGUCUUAUCCGUUCAAGAAGGACCUGGCAGAAGAACUGUUUCUGAAAGAAUAAACUCUUACCUUAUCCACUGCACCAACAGAAUUGUGUCCGAUAUUUUAGAAAACAGUAUUAGAACGUUAAAUGCUGUGUAUAAAUUUAUACCACAGCGCUGUUUAAUUCUCAAAUCUGAUCAGAAGUUGGGCAUUAUUUCUGUGUGGACGGUAGUUCCAGCUGUAACAUUAAUAUUAAUGUGCUUGUUCUAAUUAUAAUUAAAUAAUAAUUAUUAAUAAAUAAUAAUAAUUGUAAAUAAUAAUAGAAAUUCUGGACAAGACGCUCAGAAUUAUAAUAAACUAAUUUAAAAAGAAAUGUUAUUUUUUAAAAAAGCUGUUUUUGUUAGGAGACAUUUAUUGAACAUUUCUGGGAAGAGUCUCGGUUGUCGGUGCUUUGUAACAGUCACGGUGCUUUGGAAAGCUUUCCAGCAUGUAAAUCUUCAGGACAUGAGGAGUUUCCUGUGUCUCGGAUGAGCAAAAGAGAGAGAGAGGCUGGGGAGCAAAUGACUAUUUAUCUUUAAUAAUAAAUGAUUAUUAUUACUAUAUUCUUGAUUAACAGGGACUCUUGGGUGUUCCACAACAUUAAAUCUAACUAUAAAUUGGUAAAAUGUGCAAUGUGUUAUUUAUUAAUCAAUUGAAUAUUGCAAUCUUUGGCAAAACGCUGUGGUAUAAAAGGAAUAAGACUCUACAUACUGUGUCGUUAUAUAGAGAUAAUCCAUUUCAGGGUAUUAUGACCAACACUUACAUAAGCACUUCUAAUGAGAUUUUUGACCAAUGUGUAACCUACAGGUGUUUAUUUAACAUGAGAUAUGGUGACUGUGAAGGAAGCAUAUGAUUUACAUCCACACCAUCCAGGGAGACCUAGUGCACUGCUGAUAGAGGGGCGGAGUCAUCCCGGAAGAGGCCACACCCACACCAGUGUUUUCUCAUAGAAUCAAGGUGAGCAUUUAUAUACCGUGACUGUAAAAUAACUGUGACCGAACCUCUGUUUUAUUUAAUAUGGUGCUUAUAUGACGUGUUUAGAUAAUCAUUUAGAAAUAUAAUAUAAUUACGGAAUGUUUACGAACUAGACUUAUUAAAAUAAAUAGUCUAAGAAUUGUACAACCUGUGUAACUUUGUGCAGGUGUGUGUAGGCAUAUAUUUGUCCUCAAAAUGAUAGGAACACAUGACAAUUAGGACUUCCGCAGUGAUUAAAAUGUUUGGUUUAAGUCUUAAAUUAUAUUUUAAAAAAUUUUGGGGGGAAUAUAAGCGCUUCACUACUGUAAAACAAGCUGUUCCAGGAUAUUCUUCGCUUCCAUAUGCUCAAAUUUUUUUACAUCACUUUUCCGAGCCUGUUUUUCCUGCGAUAAUCUUCACUUAAAUGUAAUAAAUGAAAGUUUUAUGUUCUAUAUUUCCUACUGCAAUAUCUUAUCAGUAGCAAAUCAGAGCGAGACGUAAUAUCACCUAUAGAAUUGCAUUCGGUAUUUAGUAAUAUUUGACCCUUAUAUUAUGAACGACCCUGUGUUCAUAUUUAUAAUUAACAAAUGAAAUCUGUAAGAAUGUAAUGAGUGUAGACGGCCUCCCCUUUACUUAAUUCCAGGCUGGUGACAUUUUUAACAAAUAUUUUAUCCAAUACUACUGACAUUACUCACUUUGACUAAAUGAAAUAAAUUAAUAAUAAACAAGUCCACUCUUGAGCCACAGCCAAUGUUUCAAAAAAAACAAUGAUGAAAUCUGUUUUAUUUUUUCUGGAGAAAAUGCCAGCAUGUGGUGCAGAUUGUGUAAUUUUGGAACAAACCGUUCCUUAUGGAGGGGUUAAAUAGGUAACCAUCAUUCAGACAUAAAGUGAAUCAUUUUACAAUAAAUACUAUAUUUACAACAAAUGUCUAUGUGCCAUUUUCUGACUAUUAAAAAAGAAGGAUUUAAUGUUUGGGGGCAAAAACAGCGCUUUUCAUAAAAUCAGACUGAAAAAUAAGGUUUUAUUGCUAAAAUUGUCGCUUAAAAUACUGUAUGUGAUUUGGCUAUUUGGUUGAAUAUGUUCAUGUUUUUGUAGAUUUUAUUAAAGCAUUUUAAACACUACACAGACAUGAAGCUAUAAAAAAAAAUGCUACAUAUAUAUAGUUUUUAUUACAGAUUAAUGCACAUUUCACCGGAUUAAACAGUAAUUCUACGUCCUUAUAUCAUCAUAAAUAAAGCAUCGUUCUGUUUUAAGUGCCUAAGCUGAAAAAGUGGCUAUGUGAAUUGAAUUCUGUUAUGUUGCUCCUUUUGUGGUGUACAUAAUAAAUAAUUUAUCCACACACUAAUGAUUUAGCCUUGGAGAAUUUCUGCGAAACAACCAAUGGAUAUUUUUGAGUUAGUCUGGUCAGGCUUGAACAAACAGGGAUU